ACGAGGAAGCGAGACGUUGCAUUGAGUGUCGUAUAAAGGUGCGGACGCCAGGGUUCUGCACAAAGUGCCUUCCGACAAGCAUGGGUUCCUCGCUGCUCACGGUCUUGGUUUUCAGCCUGAUCGCAGGGGCUGUAUUAACCACAGCAAAUGUGAUGAGUCCUGUAGAGCCUGUGUGCUCCAGAUACACGAACGCUCCGUGUAAGGAUGAAUAUAAACCGCUGUGUGGGACGGACGGAUACAACUAUGGAAGCGAAUGUCAGCUAUGUAUGGAAAAUAGGCACAGAUCAGAGAGAGUCCUAAUUAAACAUAAUGGACGCUGCUGACUGCAAACAAAGUCUUCGUACCCAACAAUCCCGAAGAUGAAACGGUCAGCCAAGCGUCUUUUCCUGCAAUAAAACUUUAAUUCCUAAUCCGUUUUGUGUUAAUUUUGACCCUGCUUUAAAGUAAUGUUAUAUGCAAAGUACAAAUGCAGACUAAUAAAAAUAAAAUAAUGUUUAA